CAAGUACACACAGCCACUCCCACAGUUGUCUCCAUUGCCAUCCCCUUUAGUGGUUGAAGACCGAAAAAAUACGAGAACCAAAGAAGGCACCCCCUUUUUGGUACUUCACCGUAAGAUUUUCACCCAGGAGACCCGUCCCACCGUAGCUGCAAACGCAUUUCAAACUACAUCAAGUUUCUUAUGAAGAAGCUUUAGAUAAAUCCAUCGCAUACAGUACACCGACGAGAAUUAUCAACUGUGACGAACAAGUCGUAAAAAAUAAUGCAACGCACGAUUAUACUGUUGGCGGUGUGCUGACGAGGUCGUAGAAAAUGCAAGGCAUAAUGCUCUUGGCGGAGUGGAACUAAGCGUGAAGCAGGCCGCGCAAGAAGAUGUUGCAUCGAAAGGAAAAAUCGGGUGCAACGAAUAGGGGUCGUUUUCGUUUUCCUCCCUUCCCUCGCACUCCUUGCUGCCUUCUGAUUAGUGCGUCGACCAUUGCAGCGGUGCGGACGUUUUUCGUCGACGUUUUCCUCGUCGCACAUGGUUUCCAGCUACAGGUCGCAAGAAGGACCAAGCAGCAGCAGCACCUGGUCGUCCACCAGAACCAUGGUAAAAAAAGAAAUACCAAAACCCAACAAAGCCAGAUGGUGAAUAAAAAGUCGGGACUAAGAGAACAAGAUAUGAACACGACCGGUGAAACCCCCCGCGCGGGCUGGCCGGAUUACACCCACAAGAAGUAUUCCAAAGACAAUCCCUACUGCCGGGAGUGGGAGGACCACGAGCACGAGGACUGGUGGCUCGCAGACCUGUGCGACAUUGAACUGGCCAACACCGACAAAGCGAAAAACGCGUUGAAAGCCGCGGCCGUCGCGUAUGAAGGCUUCAGGUUGGAAAUCCUUAAAGUGAAAAUGAUCUGUAAUGCAAAAAAACGACACCAGUUGAAGCAUCAUUUCUAUUCGGCGCAUGACAAUAAAUUUCCCGGACACUCAGAGCGUGUCUGUCAUGCUAGUUAGGCAAAGGGGUGGCCUUCUCUCGUGCUAAUGAGCAGCCCAACUCUGAACCCGUAGAAGCACAAUAGUCGGCCUUCAUUGCGUUCUUUGCAAUACAGUUUUUUUGGUGUCGCAUUUCAUGCAUCACAAAUUAUUUUCACUUUGAGGAAGAGGAUUUCCAUUCUGAGGCUUUCAUAUCGCGCAAGUCAACAGCGACAACUUUGACCCGCGGGAGAUCGGCCACGGCUACGUCAUGGAGAAGACCCAGCAAGAGCAAGCGGCGCCGUAUUGCGUCAAUGGAGCCCAGUACGCGCAGUCGUUUCGGGAGAAGUUACUGGAUGAUAACGGGAACGUCAAGCACGACGCGGAAGCGGGUGAAGUCAAGCAGAUGAUCCAAAAUCUGUUUCCCACGCGCACCUUCACGAAUAGUGACUACGAGGAGAAUUUCGAAUAUGGAUGUGUCAGGAUUGAAAUCGACAAAGUUGAAAUGAUUUGUCAUGCAUAAAAUGGAUGCCAGGUGGUAGCCCAAUUUCCAAGCGGCGCAUGACAAAUUUUCGGAGCGUUGAAUCCAAUUUGUCAUGCUGUUUGGGCACAGAAGACUGCUUUUGUCAUGCUCUUUUGGCAGCUCUAUCCCAAACCCUAAAUAGGCUCACAAUCUGCCUCACUUGCCAUCCCGGCAAGACAGGCGCUUCAUGUUUCGCAUUUUAUGCAUGACAAAUCAUUUCAACUUUGACGCUUUCAAUCCUGACAGUUCCAUAUCGAAUGGAUGUGCAAGAUGACGUGCGACUACAUGGGACCGGAGUGCAUCAUAUCCAGUGCAAAAGUAUCGUACUCGUAUUGCAAUCAUGCAUUACAAAUUCUUUUCUUAAGGUAGAUCUGCAUUACAAAUUUCAUUUCUCAUGCUGAGGAAACUUGUAAUGCAUUUAUACGAGUACGAUACAAUACUUUUGCAGUUCAUAAAUCAUCUACAGCUACGUAUCAAAUGCAAAUACAAUGUCUGGGUGGUCUGGAAACUCGAAUUUGUGAUGCUAGUUCGUGAAUGGUGGGAAAACUGCAAUUAUACGUAGCCACGCAUGACAAGUUUUUGGGCUGCUCCUAUAAUGUGUUGCGCUUUCCGCAUGGAGGUAAGCUGUAAUUUUGCAUGACAGGCAGUACCAGUUGUAGGCUUUUCUUCUGCUCCUGCAUUACAGAUUUAAGAGGAUGGAAUGGGAAACAAGCAUGACAAACUUGCAUCCUUCCAAACCCUGGCAUAUUUGCAAUGCAUACUGUGGCAACAAGGACUACUUCGACAAAUGGAAGAACGACUACACGCACCACUGUUGGACCAAGGCGCAGGACAACUACGACUUAUCGAGGGGAACGACGGGGAAAAAUAACAUUUUUUCUUCGCGCUGCGUGAGGCGCGCGUGCGACACGGGCACCUGGGUCCUGAAUCAGGGGGGCAAUGAGGACCUGAACUGGAAAAGCGUUGCGUGUGCGGAGACGGCGAGAUGAAGGGAUGUAGUUUAUCAACGACUUCUACUACGACCACUUCAUAUACAUAUAAAGUUUUGCAGUCAACUGCUCGUGUCUAUGUGUCGUUUGGAUAAGUUUGUUCUUGAUGAUGCAGUUGCCCUCGCUCUGAAUUCUGUAUACAAGAUCGUGCUGUUGGACAUAUUUGUUGUAUCCAUUUGAGUCGUCAUCGAUAAAUUUCAGAAAUGGUAUUCCGCUCUCGUGGCGAAGUUGUUCGUGCUGUGCGUCGUGCGCACGACAGUGAUGUUCGACCAUGAAA